AUGGCGAAAAAGAUCUCGGGCUCCGAAGAGGGGUUGAAUGCCCUGCUUGGCGGAAACGCUGAUAUCGAGCAGGAGCAUGAGGAGGGGACGUUCACAGAGACCAUUCACACGCCUCUCACCGAGCUUCUCGGCAUCAAGUAUCCUGUGAUGCUCGCGGGUAUGAAUGCGGUGGCAACUUCAGAGCUGGUGGCGGCUGUAACCAAUGCCGGUGGCAUAGGCACAAUCGGUGGGCUCACAAUGACACCCAAAAUGCUUCAGAUAGAAAUUGACGAAAUGAAGAAACUGUUGAAUGACAAGAAUGCCCCAUUCGGCGUCGACCUCGCCAUUCCGCAAAUUGGUGGCAGUGCCCGCAAGACGAACCAUGACUAUACUCAUGGCAAGCUGGACGAGCUCACCGACAUCAUCGUCAAAGAGAAGGCUGCACUCUUCGUCUGCGCAGUCGGGGUGCCGCCGAGGGCGAUGGUGGACAAGCUCCACGCUGCGGGCAUUCCGAUCAUGAACAUGGUGGGCCAUCCGAACCACGUCCUGAAAGCGCUCGAUGCGGGCGUCGACAUGAUCUGCGCCCAGGGCGGCGAGGGCGGCGGACACACUGGCGAGGUCGCGACCAGCGUGCUGCUGCCCAUGUGCGUCGACGCCUGCUCCGGGCGCAGGUCGCCGCUCACGGGCAAGGACAUCAUCGUUGUUGGCGGCGGCGGCAUGUUCGACGGCCGGUCUCUCGCCGCAGCUCUCUCCCUCGGCGCCUCGGGCGUUUGGGUUGGUACCCGCUUCAUCUCGGGGAGGCGGCAUGUGGAGCAUGUGCUGAAGGCUUCUGUCACAGACACUACGAAGACACUAAUCUAUUCUGGGCGCCCACUUCGAACAUUUGUCACGCCUUAUGUCAAGGAUUUCGAAACGCGUCCUGACGAGAUCAAGGCGUAUUGCGACAAAGGAAUCUUGCCCAUCCGCGGCGAUUAUAAGAAACACAUGGAGGCCGGCAAGCCCUUCUCCAAAGCGGAAACGGUUGCUCUUCUCAUGGGCCAGGUCGCUGGAGCAGUGAAUGAUACGCCGCCAGCGAAGCAGAUCGUCGAACAGAUGGUAUCCCAGGCGAUCGACGUGCUUCGGAAGAACGCGGCCCACAUCAGGCCUCUUGGUAUGCCCGCUCCAGCGUCGAAGCUAUAG